GCGAGCGAGAAGAACGGGUCCAGGCAAGGCAAAUAGCAAUAUUCAUAUUUAGCAACAACAACAACCUUUUACGAACAAUGAUUAUUCCGUUAUGUAGACUGGAAGAAUGAUGAAAUGUGUGCCAUGUUUCACCACAAACACACGGAUGAAAACACCGGACUGUGAUAAACAGGAUGUGGCCGUGUUUCUCUGGAUGUUUGACAGUCGGUGAAUACGGGGCAGACCUUGUGAAUCUAACCUCAUCCACCCAUCCAUCCACCAGCCGUCUGAAUCCCCAACGAUAAAGUAUUCAAAACCACAAAAUAAUGUAGCAGAAAGCUUUGGCCUUGGAGCUGUUUGACCUCUUUUAACCCCCAUUUUUUUCUGGGUCCGGUGCAUUUCAAGUCUUGGUUUUUAGAUGGGGCUGAGCACAACUCUUAAGUUCACACUCAUUUGUAAAUUAUUAGACCAAUGUGCCGUGUUUGCCUGCCGUCCCUUUCCCCAGCUGUUCACUCACUUCAGCUCUCUGUCGUUUGUUUGAAGUGAUUCAAUCCAGUCAAUCAGGAUGAACGGCUCUCUUUUAACCCCGCCCAGCCCGCGGGCGGCUAACUCCUCCCCUUUACCUCCCUCCCCCUCCCCGUCCCCCUCCCCUCCGUCUCCCUCCAUGCUGCCCCUUUGCCCCCGGCCCCCCCUCUGCCCCCUCUGGUGAGCCCCCCCACAGCCUCACCCGUCCUCCCUAUCUGACACCCCAACGCCGUCCCCCUCGCCUUGCCUGAGCUGGACCGAGUUCUGUGAGCUCCACGCCCGCGUUGCGGCCGGUGACUUCGCUCGCCACUUUCGGGCUUUCCUCCUGGAGAACCCCCACUACUCCCCGGAUUCGGCGGCAGCCUUCUGUCGGCGCUUCACCGACCGCUUCGUCCGCCACUUCCAAAGCGAGCUGGAGGCGCUCCCGCCGAGCUGUGCUUCUGCGAGGGACGACAUGGCGAGCUGGGCUCCCCAGUCAGACGCUACUUCCCUGGAAGAAGAAGCGGUCUCCCCCCUGUCGGCGUCCGGGGGAGCCGUCCUCCCGUGUCCCCCGACCAACGCGACGCGGCCGUUAUCCAAGCCCACGCCGGCACGGCUGGUGUUGGAGAACCGCUGUGGGGACAGGUUUCAAGAUUCCUACGCCCACAGCCAAGUCCUGCCUCCAUCUUCAUCAUCCUCGUGUUGCUCCUCGGUGGGAGGGAACAACGGGAGGCGUGAGGAGAGGGGGGCCAUGGUUGCCCCUGGAAACGGGGAAGCACCGGUUGAGGAAGAGGAGGACAGCUGGUUAGGGGUAGCGUCCGUCGGGGAAGACGUUGAGCCAGAGGAGCAGGAAGUAGAGUCUGCCGAGGCGGACGACUCCUCCUACCCUCAGAUUCCACCAUCCUCUCCUCCGCCGGGCUCCAAAGGGAACGGUACGCCCAACUCCUCCAAAAACAAACUGAAGAAGCGUUUCUCCCUGCGGAGUGUGGGUCGCAGCGUGCGGGGGAGCGUCCGGGGUAUCCUGCACUGGCGGAGCUCGUCCAGCGACUCGGCCCAGAGCCCGCUGCCCUCCAGCUACAGCUACACCAUGGGUGUGCAGGACGCCGCCAUGGUCUCCAGCUCAAAGAGGAACUCUGGUACGCAGCCUCCCACACCCACUUCCUCCAUGCCCGUCUCCCUGUCCAUGCCCCUCUCCCUCCCCCACUCCUCCUCCUCUUCGCUGCCGCCCUCAUCCUCCAGCAGUGCCACCUCCCUGUCUCUCUCGGAGGCCGCCCGGGAUCGGCGGCGGAGCAACGGCGAAGGAGGCGAGAAGGAGAAGUGGAGCCAUCGUCUGGAGAAGCUCAGACUGUCCCGAUCUCCUCCUCCCGUGCUCACCCCGACCGCCGGCCCCCACUCUGGCUCCUCCACGCUGCCCCCAAGCAGCGCCUCCGCUGCCAUGGGACCUCCGAGGAAGGUGGGCCGGCUGGUGAGGGAGGGUGGCGUGAGCGUCAGCUCGUCCACCGACGAGUUCAGCGGAAGCCACGGCUUCUCUGGCUUCUCGUUCGGUCUGCUGCAUCACGGUACGGACAACAACAACUCGGCCUCGGCUUCGUCGGCUGCAGGUCCGGUUCAGCCGCUGGCCAGCGGAGGGAACGUCCCCUGGAGAGGAGGACGAUGGCACAAGUGUCGUCUGGUCCUCAAAGAGAGAGACCGAGAGGGUGGAGAGAGGGGAGAGGAGUACUACCUGGAAUUCUUCAUUCCACCUAAAUCAUCAAAGCCCCGGCUGACCGUCCCCUGCUGCUCGAUCGCGGAUGUGAGGAGCACCACGGCGCUGGAGGUCCCCGACAAGGAGAACACCUUCCUGCUGCAGCUGGAGGGGUCGGCGCAGUACGUGAUCGAGACGCGUGACGCCGUUCAGAUGAGAGCUUGGCUGAGCGACAUCAGGAACGGUAUCUGUCUCAGUGAACAGGAGGACACUGAAGGAGUGACGGUGGGGCCGUUGGACAUCAGCGGGACGCCAGAGAUCGUUGACCGUCUUUCACAAGUGUGUUACGGAGGCAUCGGAGGCUCCUCUCCUCUGAUGGAUAAUCUCCCACCGGAGCUGCCACCUCGAGCCCCUCUCGACGAACCAGACAGCCGGAUUCUCGGCGGAGGCGGGGUCGGCCUCGGCACACCUUUUGCUGAGACGCCAGACGCCACAGGCUCCUUCCUGUUCUCGGAGGUGACCCCUGCCGAAGCGGUGGAGCACCCGCUCAGCGAGUGUCAGUGGUUCCACGGCACCCUGUCCCGUCUCAAAGCUGCUCAGCUGGUGUUGGCCGGCGGCCCGGCGAGCCACGGCGUCUUCCUGGUCCGCCAGAGCGAGACGCGGCGCGGAGAAUACGUCCUCACCUUCAACUUCCAGGGAAAAGCCAAGCAUCUCCGUCUGUCCCUGAACGAGGACGGUCAGUGCCGAGUGCAGCACCUCUGGUUCCAGUCCAUCUUCGACAUGUUGGAGCACUUCAGGGUUCACCCGAUCCCCCUGGAGUCCGGCGGCGCCUCGGACGUCACGCUCAUCAGCUUCGUGGGCGCCACCGCUGUUCGCCAGCCAGACUUGACCAGCAGACCCCGUAGCCCUCCUCAGCCUCCUCCUCCCCCGCUGCCGCCGGGCCGGCCCCCGCCCCCAACUCCUCCCCAGGAGCGAGUUAACGAGCCGGAGGCAGCAGGAGGUGGAGCGCCCGCCGCGGUGACGAUGGCGUCUACGACAGGAGGAGGAGGAGGAGGAGGAGGAAGUGGAGGUGGAGGAGGAGGAAGCGGAGGCAGCGGAGGAGGAAGUGGAGGAGGAGGAGUGGAAGACUGGGAGGAGAGGGACAGGGACACUCCUCUACGCCAACUAGAAGCUGUGGAGGGGGAGGAGAGGGAGGGAGCGAGGGCGCCCCGAGCCAUCGACAACCAGUACUCCUUCUUCUGAUGAAGGGAAGACCAGGAGGAGGAGGAGUGUGUAUGUGUGUUUGUGUUUGAGUGUGUGUGUGAGCGGACGUGAGAUUGGAUGAGGCGGCGUACAUCAUAGCCAUUCAUAACCAGUAUUUUUAUUUUGUUAGCAAGGUGGAGGAGGAGGAGAAGGAGGAGGAGGAGUAAAAGUACUAACACUACAGGAGAGAGAGAGAGAGAGAGAAGACGGAGAGACGGAGAGCAGCUUUACAACACUAACUAGCGGUACAUUUCUUUUUUAUUUGUGUUUUUUAGUCCGAUAAGCUUUGUUUUGUGUUUUUCUGCUGGUUCGAUUCCCAGCGACCUCUUUGUUGCUCAUGAGCAGCAGCGAGAGCUCGAACACGUCGAUGCCAGCAGUCCUGAUACCUCAAACCCCCCGUGGUCCACACACUAGCCAGAGGCCAAACUCUCUCUACAGGCGUCUGUACGGUACGGAGGCCCCGAGAGGCCAAACAACAUGAUCCAAGUCUGAUCGUAGUUGUUUUAUCUCUCCUGUGUUUGUGGCGUAAGAACAAGUAAAAAAAUAAAAAGGUUUUACCAGGAUUAGUUCCUUAAUAUUUAAAUUUAUUAAGAUGAAUAAUGAUGUAUUUGUUGCUGUGAUACAACAUUUGAGACGGAUCACAAAAGUCACGGUUUGGAUUGCUUCAUGGUUUUCAGUCACAGAAAAAAUAGGGAGAAUAUAACUUUAACGUAACUUCUCACGGAUUGCCGAUCGUCAAUGAUAUAUUUUGCAGAUAAAGAUUUUAUUUGUUGUUGUUUUGUUUUAUUAUUGCAGCUGGUCUACAAAACCCCACACUAUUAUUUUUCACCAUCGUCACAAAAAAUAAUUUCAACCCCUCUGAAGUUAAUUUAAACCAUCAAAAGAAUGUAAUCUAUAUUUUGUUAUUUACAUAAAAACACACAAUUCAAAUGUUAAGGAAAUAAUAGAUUGUAUUUUUAUGGAUUAAAACAAAUCUAGUCAUUAGUAGUUUUAAUGAUGUAUUAUAAUCUGCUUAGAGGAAGUGUUAGGAAGUUGAAAAAAAACUACAUUUUACGAGAUUACAUGUGAACACAUCAUGAUAACGUCAUAAUUAACCUUCACCCAAUACUCAUUUUCACUGAACAGAGCCUGAGCGCAUCAUAAAGUAACACAAUGGAACCUCCGUAUUUUAGCCGUUAGGUGUGCUGCUAACGUUACUAGCUCACCUCCUGUUGAUUUAAACACAGAUUUUUUGUUCAUAAUGUAAAAUGAGCGACUAGAAAACAAUAAUAAUUAAUCCCACGAUCCCAUACUGAUGUUUCUGAACAUCGACUGAUUAUAAGAUCGCCGUUAAAACUUUAUUCAUACUGUGAUUAAUGACAUUCAUGUUUUCCUCCAGGAUAGUUUUAAUUUACAUAACUUGCCAAAACACAAUAUAUAUGAUAAUGUGUGUAAAAAGGCAUUAAAACUCACCUGGAAGAAAACAUGAAUGCUUUUAGUUCUAUGAAGAACAUUUGGUAGUGGCGCACUUCUGCCUCUUGUGGCCAAAAUGAGUAUUACAACAACAAACACAAUAACAAAAACGAUCCUGACAACAACAACAAAAGAUUCACCAACGAUCCUGUUAAAACCUUUUUCCACCUGUUCUAAAGUCAUAAACGCAGGUAUGAAAACACUUUUUUCCUCUCAGGGCUUCCUUAGUUCUAUGACAAGAAAGACCCAAAACGUAACGCUGUUUCCGGUACGGAGAGCACGUCACAGCAGACUCCAUUCAAAAGAUCAUCAUAUUAGCAUCAAUACAUGAUUACACUCAAGUCUGAUUGGAAGAUUAUGUGAACUUAAAGUAAACACAACAUGUGGUUGAAUGUAUAAAUACUACUACUAAUAAUAAUACUUUUGAAAUGUGCUUUUCUUUGUUAUACGUUAUUGUAUAUUUAAUAUCUUUAGACUUUUGUUUUCGGGGUAAAACUAUUUGAAGAGUACGUCCGCAGAUUUUUAUGGACGUUAUACUAAAAUAAGGAAAAAGCUUUAUUGAUCCCAAGCAUAAGCACAAACACACCAAUGGUACAUAAAGAAAAUAAGUAAAAUGAAUACAUUUAAAGAGGUAUAUAAAACAGAAAUAUAUAUACCUCUUAACUAAACGAGUGCAUUUGGAGAGAAAAAUUGUGAGGCAAAGUGACAUUGGUGUGUUUCUUUGCACUCGUCUAGCAUUUGUUAGAAAGAUGAAUCUCCAGAUUAAUUGAUAACAAAUAUAAUCCUUAAUUUAAGCCCUGUUGUCUAUUACUCUGUUCAUAAGCAGAACAAGAUUGUUUAAAAUAAAAGGGAUAUUAUCUGUAUAAGAGUUCCUCAAAGAACACGUUGGCCAGAACACUAAGCAGCAUUAAAUCAACAGUUUUUUCAAUGGAGUCUGGUGUGUUGUCUCUCAACAUAAACACAGAGUUUUGGGUCAGAGUGGAACCAGAACCGGAGCAGACGGGAAACUUUUACCUCAGUCACACUCAACAGCAUCACUCAGUAAAUGUCUCUCUCUUUCUCUCUGACACAGAAGAGGAAAUGAUUCAUGAUACCAAUAACAAUAAUUAUUGAUGGAAAUAAUAUUAAUAUUAAUAAUAAUGACGGUCAGAAUAAUAGUAUUAAUUUUAUUUGUUUUUAAGACACCUUUUUAUUUUGUAUAUGCUUACUCGAUGUAACACUUGUUCCAACUCCAUCUUGUAAUUGAAAAUGUGUUUGUGCCUUUUUUUUGGGAUAAAAAGAAGGAAAGAAUAUAUAUAUAUAUAUAUAUAUAUAUAUAUAUAUAUAUAUAUAUAUAUAUAUAUAUAAAAGAUUUGAUCUAAUGCCUCGUUGUCAAGGCUUCAGUUAUCCUCACUCUCUUUUCAUGCUGUCUUCUCCUCCUCCACCUCACCCUCCAUUCAUCAAGGGUUAAAAAAGAAAACUAAAAAAAACCAAUUAGCAGAAAAUGUCAAUGAAAAUACCUACUUUUUCUACUUGUGCCUUUUCUGUGUCUGUUGUCAUCAUCGUCUUCAUCAUUCAGUUCAGAGCUUGCCUGUUUUCUUUAUGCACCACAUCGACCCCCCCACCCCCGUCGUUUCUACCGCUCUUUUCUUUGCUCAUGUAUUUGUCUAUAUGCCCCCCCCCCCCCAAAAAAACUUCCCUUACUCAUCAUGUUCAGUGUCCUUUUCUCGGUUUCUCAAAACUCUUUGUGCCUUUCUCUGUCUCUUUUCUCUCUUUGCUGGGACCGUGUGUUGAGGGCGGGCAGCGUCGUCUGUCCUCCCCCGUGUGGUUAGUUUCAGGUACUACAUUGAAUUUAAUGAUAUAAUAUAAAUAUAG